GAUCCAUCCGAAACUGUGCAAAGAGCUAGGAUUGCAGGAGCCAAUGAAGGAGGAAAGCAAAGCGUUCGGCGACAGCGUGGGGAAGUGGCCCGUGUUUCCGGACACGGUCGAGGCACUGAAACGGCUAUCGAAAGUCUACAAACUCGUCGUCCUCUCCAACGUCGACAAUACUUCCUUCUCUGCGUCGAACGCCGGACCGCUGCAAGGCUUCCAAUUCGACGCCGCGCUCACGGCGCAAGAUAUCGGGUCGUACAAGCCCGACCUCAAGAACUUUGAGUACAUGCUUAAAGAGGUGAAGGAACGAUUCGGCGUAGAGAAAGAGCAGGUGCUGCAGACGGCGCAAAGCCAGUUCCAUGACCAUCAUCCGAGCAAGGAGAUAGGGUUGAAGUCGUGCUGGAUAUAUAGGCCUGGGGCGAUCAUGGGAAAUAGGGAGGAUCCGGUGUGGGAUUGGAAGUUUGAUACAUUGGGGGAGAUGGCGGAUGCGGUGGAGAAGGAACUGGCUGGGAACUAAUGAGCUCCC